UCUGGAAAUUUCUACAAGAAAAAUGUCUGAUAUCUGGAAGGAGGAUAGUGAAAAAGCGCGUCAGAUUCGCGAUGUGAUCUGUGGCAUGCUCGACUGUGGGAAUUCGGGCCUGUCACCCGAAACGGUUCGCAUUUGCAUUGAGUUGAUGCGCCAUGGCGUCCAACCCAAACAAUUGGCGGAAAUCGUCAGGACAUUGAAACAGGAAGUGCGCGUGAUGAAAAUCGAGUCGGGGCUUGUGAAGACAAUGGAAAAUAUGAAAAUGAAGAGCGAUUUUUACACAAUUACGAGCCAGGGCUUGAGCUCAGAUACAGCCAUCACCAAGGAAUUGAAAGGAGACUCAAAAAUGAAGAAAGAAUUGAGCUCGUCGGUUUCAAUUAAAGCAGCCAUUCCAAGCAAAGGCAAAGAACAUAACUUAAACGCAAUUGUCAAUCAAGAAUUGAUGCCAGAAUCAAUCAGAAAUCCAGAGAACGAAUCAAUUUUAAAGCAGAUCACAAACCCAAUAUUGAAGUGUGCGAUUAAGAAGAUUCUUAAUGAAAUGAUUGAUUAAAUACACUUGCAAUUUAUUUAUA